UAUCAGGAGUUACCGAUUGACCGCUGACCUUUUCUCAUAACGACUAUAGAUAUUGUUUGGCCGUCCGAUGGUGUAAUCACAUUAUUGCAAGAGUUUGGACAGUGAAAAUGUGUUCGAUAGCACGUACCCGAAUUCUGUUUACUCCAAAAGUAAUUGCUCCCAAGCAAAUCAUUCCAGGAGCAGUUUCGUUUCGGUGGUUUAGUGACGAACAUAAGGCGACUAAGACACCAUUAUUCAAUUUGCAUACGAAAUAUGGAGGAAGAGUGGUUGAUUUCGCCGGAUUCCUCCUGCCAGUGCAAUAUUCGGAUUUAAGUUUAUCCGAGUCCCACUUGUUUACAAGAAAAAGUGCUACAAUUUUCGAUGUGUCUCACAUGCUGCAGACCAACGUUCGUGGCAAGGAUUGUAUAUCUUGGUUCGAGUCUAUUUGUCCAGUCGAUCUAAAGGGCAUGAAAGAUGGCUCCAGUUCUCUCACCGUGUUUUUGAACGACAAAGGUGGAAUUAUAGACGACUUGAUUGUUACAAAAGUGAAUGCAGAAACAUUGUAUGUUGUCUCCAACGCUGGGCGAAUGAAGGAGGACAAAAAGCAUAUGAGAGAAACAUCGGAGUUAUUCAGGAAGAAAGGUAACGACGUGAAUGUAGAAUUCUGGGAGACUAGCCAGAGAGCUUUGAUUGCAUUGCAAGGUCCUAAAGCAGCAGCAGUGCUGCAGAACCUUACGGAUAUUAAGCUGGAAGACUUAACGUUUAUGACAUCUAGAAUGGGCAAAGUAGCCGGAGUAGAGUGUCGUGUAACUCGAUGUGGGUAUACAGGGGAAGACGGUGUGGAAAUAUCAAUACCCGCUGCCGAUGCAGAACACGUCACAGAAGCAUUAUUACAAAACAGCGACGUAAAACUUGCGGGCCUUGGAGCGAGGGACUCGUUGCGUCUUGAAGCUGGACUAUGCCUCUAUGGCAACGACAUCGAUGAAAGUGUUACACCCGUCGAAGCGAACUUAACGUGGCUUAUCGCCAAACGCAGACGCACCGAUGACAACUUCCCAGGAUCGUCAAUCAUACUGCGUCAGAUCAAGGAAGGCGUAGCUAGAAGACGUGUGGGGAUCAGGAUGGAAACUGGUCCACCAGCAAGGAAAAGUGCGGUGUUGAAAGAUGCUAAAACUUCAGAAACCGUUGGUACUGUAACUAGUGGCUGUCCUGCCCCAUCACUUGGAGUUAACGUUGCGAUGGGAUACGUCAGCGAGUCUCUGAAGAAGGCAGGCACGGAGCUCUUAGUAAAUAUUAGAGGAAAAGACAUUCCCUGCGUCGUCGCUAAAAUGCCUUUUGUCCCUUCAAAGUACUACAUAAAAAAAUAAAGAAUUAAUUUUAUGAAA